GGCUACGGAGUUCUUUGAAAUAUUCAUAUAUCCGUGCUUAUUGCAUGCUGAUCGUAAAAGAUCUUGACGAUCAUUAAAGAUUGAACGUUUAAGUCGUUAAAGUUCAAACAUUUAAGCUUACAGUUUAGAUUCAUUGCAUAAUAGAGACGAUACCGUGCGACUAAACAAUAAUCACACCCUGGGACAUUCAAUAACGGAUCUAAGAGUGUGUUUGAUAGAGUCGGAGAUGUAAGGUGCUUUUGCUUUUGGGACUGAAGAGGAUAUGGUGUAAGUGAUCACUAGACCUCAAGGUUUGUUGAAAGGAAAAAUAUCAAUGAAAGUAUAAAAUAUCUUCAUUUUGACCAGUACGAUACGAACAACGAUUAAGCAUAGCCUGUCGAAGAAGAGUAAAAUUAAUUUGUCCGCACAAUCCUCCCACAAAUGUAUCGUACCUUUACAGUACCCAAAAUUCAUCAAACACAGCAAAUUCAUCAUCUGCAAGCCAGACGAAUUACCGAAGACGGAAUCAACGGCAAGGAAUUGUUUGCAGGGGACACUGAGGUGCAAGCACGUACGCCCGCAGCUGCAUUUACUUAUUGUGUGUAUGUGUGUCGGUCCACUGUCCUAUGCCAGUUCAGCCUUUUGCAGAGAUUUCCCUGCAGCGUGGUUUUGUUUAUUCUUUCAGCUCUCUUUUCCUUCAGGUUCGUCGCCUAUGGUCCACCGUUGGUGGAAGAUAUGUAUGUAUCGAUAUAAGACACCAAAGUUGGUAGAAAAAAAGGUUCAUGCACAUGGUUUUAGGUAUGCUUUGUUUACGAUUCGUCAAGAUGUGUGUGGCAGCCGUAACGGGGUGUAGGGCAAGGAUGGCCACUUUAGCCCUGAUUACAUCUAAAACCCGGUUGUGGCCGUGUUCUUCGGUAUGAGUGUAUGUGUGUGUGUUUGUGCGGGUAAUUUUUUUUGCUUCCCGGCAGUGGGAAAAGAAAGGAUACCACCUAUCCGAUCGGGUCACCCAGAAAGGAUGCAAGUAAGGUUCGCCCGCACCAGCGUAUAACGAAAGGCGAGAGAAAACAACAGAAUGAAAAAGGAUCCUUUAGGCACGAGAUGCAAGCAUGUAGGGUCCUUCCGUUUGGUUUGGUUUGGUAACGAGGAUAUAAGAGUGAAGAAGGCGAAAAAGGAGGCAAGAACAUGUAGCGAAAUCAAAGCAGAGUCUCUUCAUCGUUAUGCCAGUUGCAACAGAACCGGUACAGUUGGUGGAGUGUUGUGAAUUUAUUUUUGAAAUAGUUUCUAAUGCAACUAUGAAUAAAGAACCGCUACACAGCUGUUGGAAAUAAUGUAUACACAUUAAUAGAAAUUGCUAGUUAUAGUGCGAUUGUAGCUGCCCAGCCGACAUUCAACAACCGACUAGCGAGAGACUGAGCACCUUAAUUUGCAUGACCGCGUAAUGUUUCCCCGGACACAGCUAGAGUGUAUGCGCGUGUGUGUUUGUGUGCUUUCAAAUGUAUCCUGCCGAUAGGCGUACCUUGUCGGUCAGUCGGUCAGUCACGAAACGUACCCAAUGCUGGACGUAAACUAUUGAUUCCGUGCGAAGCAACGUAACGGCUGUAGGUCCUUUAACCGGUCACCGAGUACAGCGAACGCCAACAGGUUCAGAAUUGUGAAGGAGUCGGCGUCACCAUUUGCGUGUCCGGAAGGUUCGCAUCUUUCUGGGGGGAUUUAAAACGUCCAGUUGCACGAAAGACGCCCUACUGGACGGUGAGUGUUCUGUGCGCUGGUUUGAUAUUCGUAACAGAACUCGGUCGGUUGUCCAGGGAAUGUUUGGCCGUGUAAGGUCUGUCGAAAGUAAUUAUAUAGUAAGACAUGAAUUUAACCUUUGCUGCUAUGAUAUUAUGGUGGGUGAUGUCGUUGAUCCUGAUGGGAGAAUCGCUAGCGGAAAAGCCAACCUUUCGCAUUAUAGCACCCGAGUUUAUCUGUAACCCUGCAGAAGGCUACAGAAGCAACCAUGAUAACAACAGUGCAACCGUAGGCGUCGCCCGUGGAAAUUCGACCCAAUCCACACGCCAACUAACGAUCGGCUUUCAGACGAAUGGCGGCCAACGGUUGCACUACCGCGUGAAAACGUACUUCACGCUGCUGGAUGACAACGGAUUCAUCAGCCAGCGGCACACGGUUGGAUUGUGGCGUGCCGUACGACAGCUUGAACAGCGUGUUCGGCGCGAUAGAGACAUGAUCGCCCAGAACGGUCAGAUGACGAUCGGUACCGACGAUUUGUUGCCGGGUGUCGUGUACUCGUUCGGUGUCGUUGCCGUGGAUGCCGAUGGUAUGGAAAGCGAGGAGCAAAACUUUACCAUGACCUACAGGAACGUUGACCAGGGCGCCUCGUUCGAGCAUGGCGGUUCGACCAGAAGCGAUGACGAUGUGUCACUGUUGCUGCUCGGUGCGGAGAAAUCGUACGCGGAUGUGGAGUACCUCGUAACAGCCCAGUUAAUCUUCUGUCGGCGACGAACCGAUUACUACUUUCGUUGGACUAUUGGUGCGAUGAGUGACAGUGAACUAAGCGCUGUCACUAUGGAGCGGUCGAAGAUGUUACGAGUACCGGCGGGUAGUUUUCUUCCCGGGCAACAGUACGAAAUCGAAGUGUCUGUGUUUUCGACGACCUCCGCGGAUGAGGCUAUUGCGCAGGCACACAUGUCGGUAACCGUUUUGCGACGUGAUCCGGAAGUGGUCCUAUUUCCAACCGACGCUAUAGUGGGCAUUGAUCAAGCAGUUCAGUUACGAUCGUAUGCAUCGGGUGGUGAAGUGGUGUGGUCUUGCCAAAAGACAGGUGACGACAGUAAUUGUGCCGAUACGUUCGAAAUUAGUGAUGGUGAUGCAGUGGUCACUUUUUACAACGUAGGACAGUACCAUGUAAAGGUUUCCAUUGACGGUGAUUCGGGGGAGAAAACUGAGUCUCAAUGCCUGUUGACCGUUAACCCGAAAGUGACCCCUACGGUGAAAAUACUCCAGUGGUCUCAAUAUCCGGCCAUUGGUCGUGAAUCAUUUGAAAUGCUCGUGAGCGUUGCUGGGCUCGUACCAAACUGCUAUUCGAAUUGGACGAUUCUGCAGGGAGAAGAUGGCUUUGCGUACUUCGAUCCAGCUCUACUACCGAAUGGUGGCACAUUGGGUGGAUUGUUCAUACGCGACAUAGAAGAAAACUUUCUCUCGGAACUGGUUGACUACGGCAACGAUACUGUCGUGAAGGAUAUCACUCUGUCCAUUCCGGCAGGUACAGCAACAGGAUCUUGGAAAGGACUCGAACCGGAUGUACGUUACAAAUUUCGUUUACAGGCGUUUUGUCCUGAACCAAUGGACGAUAGCAAAAUGGCGGGACAACAGAGACAACGUGAACAGGUGCAAAGUCACUGGACGUUUGUGCUGGAAACAAAUGGUGCACCGGAAGUAUUACCGAUUGAAAUUUCCCCGGAGAGCAAUGGAACGGCACUGGAAACUGUGUUCAAGCUAACUACCGGAAUUGCAAAAGAUACGGAACGUGAUUAUCCGCUGCGGUACAGCUUCUGGUACAUUGCCGAUGGGGUAGAUGUACAUAUUGCCACUAUCUACGAGAUAACUUCAGCUGAGACCGUUCUGCCGUACACUAAAACUGGUAGUGUGGAAACGUAUGCAAUCGUAUGUGAUUCACGAAAUGCGUGCACGAAGAUCAUUGGUCCGAAUGUUUCCCUCACUGCAGGCGCAGAACCAUCGGUAGCAGAUAUUUCGUACGCAUUCGAAUCCAUGGAAGGCUUUUUCAAUCGGCUCAACUAUCGCGAUGCACUUAAGUGUGCCUUUGAGCUGCUUAUAACGCUGCGUAACCGCAACUCACCUCAGUACGAAAGUGCGUACCGACGGUUUGUCGAUCUACUGCAACAAUCUAUCGCACACAUUCGGAAGGUGUACGGCGAAACGACGUACUUGUCGGAUGCGUCCAUACAGGAAUUUAUCAUGCAAACGAAACCCAUCCUGGAUCUGGAGGAGUCGAACAAUCACGAGCUGUUCCAGCAGUUGUUAGAAUUAAUGGACCCCGCACCACGCAGCAAACGUUCCUCACAGACGUCUCCACUGCACGCUCCUGAGAAUGUCACCAAAGUUAGUACCAAACUGUCGCUAAUGGAAAGCCUAACCGUGUCGAAAAAUGUUUCCGUUGCAAACCAGGCCCGUACAAGUCUGCUGAAUUUCGUCCAUCAGGCCACCAAAAAUUAUUGCACGACCGAGUCCUACCACGUUUAUGUAGGACAACUGAUUACAUUGAAAAUGAAUCGAUACCGUAGCCUUUCGGAAAUAAACUUGCGACAGGUGGCAGUUCCGAACAACGUGCUGUUCAGUGCGCCCACAGACCGUGUACCGUUUUUGAAUGGUUUUCCGGAAACGGAAUACUACUGUUUCGGGCGCAUUUAUUAUGCACGUGAUCUGUUCGUCCAGAAGGAAGCGCACGAGUUGGAUUUGGGUUUCUACGAAGCGUUUGUACUGUCGGUUGAAAAGGGCGGUAUGUGGACGCUGCUCGACUGGAAAAGUGAUUACUUCCAGUGGUCACUGGAUGGAAGACGGUUGCCGAACGUAACGUGUCAACUUUGGACGGACAAUAUAUGGAGCAGCAAACAUUGCGUCACGGAGGAAACUGUCACAGACGAGGUGCGAUGCAAUUGUACUAAGAUGGCAUACUUGAGAAUUUCAAAUGAAACAGAAUCUGUUUCAAAUGAAUCGACGAGCCGAAAUAUAACGACUGAUUCAACAGCGUUGACUGUUACUAGUGUGACGGAAUCAUCGCCGGAGUCUACAGUCUCUCCGGAACACGGCAACUUUUCGGAAGCAGUAACUGUAGUGUCUGAUCUAGCGACGACUUCUUGGUCAUCAACUGCAAACACGUCCGAUGUUGUAACUGCAACCGAAAGUGAUAUGUUGACACUGGGGUCGACACUGGGCAACACAACCGAACCUACGGAAAGCUUUCCUGUUGCAUCACCAUCGAACACGUCCAUCGCCGAUAAUGGACCUAGCGCGCUUCUGCAAGGAGGUAACGAAACCGGAAAUACGCUCUUGCGUAACCAAUCAUUAGAAGUUUCGUCGAUCGGGUAUACGAUCGCUGGUGCGCUGGCAAUCGCAUUUUUGGCCAUGGUGCUGGUGACUGUGAUCUAUCGACGGCGUAAGGCAGUGUUGCGUUUGGCCGAUGAAUUACACACCGUACCGUCGAGAACUCGUACUCAACCGUCACCACACGUACGCUACGCUCGAUUUCAAGACGAACACAACAUGACUGGUGAUAACGUGUCCACCAUAUCAGACGUACUGACAAUCUAACAAACAUUGCAAGUAGAACGCGCUU